AUGGUAAUUCCCAUCGCGUUCGCAUCCAAAAUUGGGCCCCUCAUACAUGUAGAGACACUUUCCAUCAUGUUCGCAUCCAAAAUUGGGACCCCUAGACAUGUUGGGACACUUUCCAUCAUGUUCGCAUCGAAAAAUGGGUUGAGCGGGCACUUGCCUUCCUUUUCCGAGAAAAACUUCUUCUCUCCAUUACAACAAUUUCGAUUUCUCCACGAAAUUGCUCUUCUGUUGCUUUCUAGCCCCCGAAACCUUAAAUCAACAGCAAUUAACAACCUAUCUACCCAUCAUGCUCCCUGCUCAGUGCACCUUCUCCUCCCACGGUUGACAGCGGUACCGUCGAGAACCAGCCUCCAAAGCCGGCCAUUAAAGGUAUAUACACUUGCAGACACGCUCUCAAGCACGAGGUUUACCUCACUUUCACGCAGACUAGAAGCGGUCUACGGGCGUUGA